AAUAAAUAAUGAAGUUACUGAUUAGCACAAAAAUAGUGCUUUAAGUUUGACCUUUAUAAUAAGGAUUUAAUUCUAACAGCACAACACAGACCUUUAGACCUUUAGCCAGCCAUUGUUAUUAAAAUAUAUUAGAAAUCAGCAGCUUUGUGGUCUGAUAUGGUCAUGAAAGUACACUUCCUGUUUUCAGUUACUUUUACUACAGUAAAUGUCAACGGAAACUGAAAAAUAUCUGCGUGAAAUUGAUGUGUGAUUUUAAGUGUUAAAUUUCUUAUUAAUUUUAUUCUAAAUUUAAAUGAACUGUAAAUACAGGACCCAGUAAGUCUAACCUUAUAUAUGUGUGAUGUGUGUCCCAAAAUGUAGGUGCCAGCAAUAACUGCCAGCUAUAAAAUAGUGCUAAUAAAUUAAAAAAAAGAAUAAUUUGUUUGAUUAUUUAUAUAAAAGCCUAAAAAACAUAUAUGAAAGACAUAAUAAUAAUAAUAAUAAUAAUAAUAAUAAUAAUAAUAAUAAUAAUAAUAAUAAUAAUAAUCUUAUUACUGGCAUAAGUUACAUUUCUUACCCUAAAAUUGUCUGCCUUGAAUUUAGGUGCACUUACAUUUAUGACAUACUGGUUGAAUAAGUACACAAUAACCCUAAAACUCUGUUGGGAAAAACACAGAAGCACAAACUUGUCAUACCAAUCUGAAUUUUUUAUGGAAUUGGGACUGUGCAUUACUCUCUGGAAUCCCUCUGAACCACUGUGUCACACAACAAAUUCACACAAAAUAUGUCACACAAAAUAUUCAGUGAGAAUGGCUUUCAUAGGCAAAAGCUGCAAGAUACCUCCAUCUUAUAACAAACAUGUUUGUCUCUUGCUGCACAGACUUCAAGAAAUUGAUCAUGCAUAAAAAUUGAUUACACAUUUUUAAAAACUCAGAUGAAAAAUGUCUUUGUCCUGCAGAGAAAACACAAAUAUAUAUUUGGUUAUGGCAAGAAAUGUGAACAGAAGCUCAGUACAAACUGAUAGACUGUUAAAAUUGCAGAAAAUCACCCCAUGGUCAUAUUAAUUUAUUCUCUUCAAUAUUUCUGUACAAAGGCUUGAACAGCUGCUAGACAAUAGGUCUAAGUCGGGUAUGUCUCAUUUGUCUUGGUUUAAAUGCAUAGCCUAUAAUUCUCUCUGUAAAACAAUAAACGUGAUAUUUAUGGUUCCCACAAAAGCCUAUGAUGUAGAAGUGAAAUGACUUCUACACCAAAACCCAAUUAGAAUUAAGGUCAGAGCAAACGAACGCAGAAACUCAACCCUGUAACCUGGAGACGAGGAGAAACCGACCAGAGUGUAACUCAACUCCGAGCUGACAUUUUACCGUCUCACUGUAUCUCUAAACAAUCAUCUAGAGAAAACAUGUAGCCUGUUAUUUAUUGAUUAUUUUUUUACUAUAGGUAAGUUGCAUGCUUUGCUUACGUUCAUGCGCAGGACUCCAGGAUGCCGUUCAUUUAAUGUGUGUGUGAUUCCGCGCAUGAUGCCAAGCAGGCAAAAGAAAGUGGUGUUCUCUAUAGCUGGUGUGCUUAGUUUCGCCUGUGUGCUGAUUGUAGCUGCGGCUAUGGGAGGUAGGAACUGGGUGAAGGGGACUGUGCUUUGCAAAACAGGCGCUCAGCUGGUUAAUGCCACUGGAUCUGAGCUGGACAAAUUCAUCGGGAGCUUAAACUACGGCCUCUUUCAUGGCCAGUGGCUGAAACAGUGCGGACUGGGGGGAAGACCUUUCUCCUUCUCGUUUUUUCCUGACCUGGUGGAUGUGAUCCCAGCUACUCUGCAUGUGAGCGUCAUCAUCUUCUGUGCAGUGCUCAUCCUCUUCUCAUCUGUGUGUUCUGCCUUCUUCAUGUACAAUGCCUUUGGAAAUCCAUAUGAGACACUGCAUGGACCUCUUGGCCUUUACUUGUGGAACCUGAUCAGCUGUCUCUGCAGCUGUCUCAUCUUAAUACUCUAUGUGUCUGAGGUCAAACUGCAUCACCUAUCUGAGAAGAUUGCUAACUACAAAGAGAGCACUUUUGCCUACAAGACAUACACUGAAGCAUUCGACCAUUCUUUCUGGCUCAUAUUCAUAGUUUUCCUAGUGCAUGGCCUUAACAUCCUUCUGAUCCGUCUAGCAGGUAUCCAGUUUCCCUUCCAGGAGGCCAAAGAGUCAGAUGCCAACACUGGUGCAGCAGAUCUCAUGUACUGACCAGCUCUGUUGUCCAAUAACCACCCCCUGGAUGUGACAUCCUACCACGGCUAUUAGUGCUCCUCAAUUAACGUCUCACAUCUUGCACCAUCCGUUGUUCUGAUUUGUUUACAGCUGAAUAGAUGCCACAUCUGAGCCUUUUAGUUGCUUCUUUUUACUUUCAGAAGAGGAACAAACUUGGAAAUGGUCCUGGCUGUGUGUGUGAGAGAUGAGCCUUAUCUCAUUGUAUGGAGGCAAGUAGAGGGACCCAGUCUUUCAGCUGGGCUCCUGAUUACGCAUUCGGUUAACUGCCAUCACAAUUAAGCCUCAGUAUUUUAAAUACCUGUUGAAAUGCAAAAAAUGGGCUGACUCAGCUUUGUUUUGUCAGCAUGGAAACUAUUUAUUUUUCCAUAGUACAUUCAUCUUUUAAAUGAUUAAGAUUACACUAAACAAUGGAUAAUUUAUUAGUUAUGUUUUUUAUUUGUAUACAAUGAGUGUAUAUACCCAUUCAUAGAUGUGCCAAUGAUCCUAUGAAUAGAAUUCAAUAUAAGAAAGGUUAUCUGUAACCUUGUUAAAGCAGUUUCAUAAUAAAAGAAAGGAAAGACAUUUUAUUUUAGAAAUUUUAUUCAUAUGUAUACUGGUUAUCACAAAGAAAGCAAAGGGAGUUGUUAGUGUUCAUGGUCAAAGUGAACUUUAAAAAUGGAAUUAAGCUAUUUCAAUGUCACAUUGGAAUUCCAAACUGUAUAGUGUACUAGCAAUGAUUCAAGCUAUGACAAAUAGCAAUGAAAAAAAAAAAACAGCGGAAACAGUGGCAGUGCUCUGGUUUUGAAAACCCCAAACAGUUCAUGUUAAUGACUCAAACAAAGAAAAGACUGAUUAAAAUCUAAAACAAAUAAAUUGUUGUUACUGUGAUAGUAAUAAACUCAGUUUCUGUUUUAGUGUUUUAUGUAAUGCAUGUUAUGUACAUUGACAACAUUUUUAUUUUCUGCUUGGUACCAAUUUAUGUAAAUGUUUCUUUCCAGUUUUAGCUUGUAUCUUCUUUGUAUUUAUUACAUUGAUUUUACUGUAAAGAAAAUGUCACUACCUCUCAUCUUAAUGAAUAAAAAAAGUCAAUAAAAUACAA